AUGGUGCAAAUCGAUCCAGCAGCGAUGACUGCUUUCUGGGAGCAAGAAGUCCAGAUGCGCAUCGUGCAGGAUAUACGGGACCAACUGGAACUUGAUGGCUUGACAACAUUCGAGAGUUUUGCUGACUACACCAAGGAUGACUUAUCGGCCAUGAGGAAGCGAAUCAGCUACAUUCAAAACAUCCCUCAUUUUGGUCAAGAUUCGUUCAAACGCCUUGUGAUUGCAUUUGAAGCAUCUCGCAACUACAAGCUUGUUGGUCGCGAAAUCACUGCCGCAAUGAUGCAUUAUGAGCAGUAA